ACUGAAGCCGGAAUCGCUGAUACAAAAACGGAGUUCGGGAUCUUAUUUGUUGAAAUUUGUGUUAAUUUGUGAAUUUUUAGUUAUUUUCUUAGUUCAGGUGCCUAAUUUUAGUAAGGUGCUCAUCAAUGUUGGAAGCACAUUCGCAAUGAAACGAGCUCAACCUUCUUUUUUGCAUGCUAGCGAAAACAGCGUAGAUCGCAGAAUGCGUCCCCGGCCAAACAUACGCGUUAACUUGGAAAGGUUAAUGUCGAACGAUAGCUCGUCUUCCCGUUCGUCAUCACAGUCCCAUAGGAGCAGUUCACCUAUACCACCGGAAAGUGAGCCGGAACCCGUCAAGGAUUCUGAUACUGUUAAGGUUUGUCUUCGGUUGAGGCCACACCUGCGGAAUAAUCCCUACAAGACGGCAUUCAAGAUUCACGAGAAUACCCUCCUGGCCAGAGGCGUUGAUGAGAAUUCUACCGAGCGCCAGUACACGUUCAGCGAAAUCUUCGACGAAGAAGUUUCUCAAGCAGAUGUCUAUGAUAGAUGUAUUAAACCGUCGAUAAGAAAUGUUUCAGGAGAACGAGGCGCUACAUUCCUAACUUACGGAACAUCUGGAUCGGGUAAAACAUAUACCCUUCUUGGAAACAAUGCUAGUCCUGGAAUUGUGCCAAGGGCCAUCGAGCAGGUCUAUGUAGAAUAUGCCAAUAACAUUUCAACUAAUCCUAGCCUAAAAAUCGAUAAAACCGCGGUCAGUUUCCUUGACGACGAAUCCGUUUACAGAGAACUUAAGAAGGUGGAAUCCAUGAAGAAACUCCUGCAGGGCAAUGAAUCCACCCAUUCGAGGAUGAGGUCCAUUAUCCGAAAAGAACACGAUUUCGAAUUGAGCAAAGAUCCUGAUCUACGAGUUUUUAUUUGGGUUUCCUUCGUUGAAAUCUAUAAUGAGAACGUUUACGAUCUGCUAGCGCAAGAAUCGAUUUUUGGCAAGAGAAAGCCCAUGAAGAUCCUCUCUAACGAAGGGAAUGCGUACAUCAAAGAUCUGUCGUGUGUAUUUGCUGGAAGCAGCGAAGAUGCUUAUAAUAUCCUACAAUUUGGCCUACAGAGCGCAACUUAUGGUUCAACCGAUGUUAACAGCAAUUCCAGUCGUUCGCACAGCAUUUUCUUCAUGACAAUCGUGUCAUAUUCGUUAAGCACUCAACUGAUAAACUACUCCGUCUAUAAAUUCUGUGACCUUGCUGGUUCAGAACGUCUCAAGAAAACCGGUACCUUUGGAGAUCGCCUAAAAGAAGCACAAAAGAUCAAUACAUCCUUGAUGGUACUUGGACGUUGUUUGGAAACAGUACACAAAAAUCAAAAAUCCAAGAAACUUGCUGAUUUGGUUCCCGUUAGGGAUUCCAAACUCACCAUGCUCAUCCAGUCGGCUCUACUUGGAAAGGAAAAACUUUCAAUGAUCGUGAAUCUUUACCCUACGGAAGAGUACUACGAUGAAAACUUGAAUGUCUUGAACUUUUCGUCCAUCGCCAAACAAAUUGUACUCCAGAGAAAGCCAACUCAGAGAAGGGACAGAACCACGCGUUAUUCGUUCUUCUUGGCUCAGGCGACAAGCAGUCCAUCGGCCCGCAUCGAUACCAAUCGGCUUAUGUUGGAAAAUGAAAGGUUGAAGCAGGAGCUGGCUUGUGAAUCUAAUGUCUACCGAGAGCAGCUAGCGGAAAGGGAUCUAGAAAUCCAACUGUUGAAGCGAGACAUUCUUGCUCAGGAACUGCAGCUACGCAACGAACUGACGGACGACUUUGAAUCGUACUGCGUCCAACGGGAAGCCACCUUCCAAACCCGGCUAAAGCAGACCCGAGAAGCUGCUAUCCGUCCAUACGAGCAGCAGAUUACUCAUUUAAAUGCCAAGAUCGAACACCUGCGAAACAUCAUCAAUGAUAUGGAGUGUGAAGAGGAUGAAUAUGAGAAAAAGCUCAAAGUUUAUGAAACAGAGCUUAACAAGUAUCGUGUAAAAGAGAAGCGGGAUAGAAGAUUAUCAUUAUAAGUAGUAGUAGUACCAUAUGAUUUUUCAUUUCAACAUUUUGUACGGUAUAAUUUAUUAUCCCAUCAAUCUUACCUUUCCCAAUGAUUCACAUCACUGGGUAGUAACUCUUUAACACACAUGUAGGCAUAUCUUUUUACUGUUGUGGUUUGUUUAACUUAACCGAAUAAAGAGUUACU